AUGGCUACAGGAAUGAUAUUAGACCGUGCAGAUCAAUAUUUAACAGAGAGAAUUACCGAUGGUGCUGGUGGUAAAGAAUUUCAGGAUCAAAAAAUAUCACGACAUCAACAAUUUUGCAAUCGUUGCAACAGAUACAUUCUUCGAGCAAUAUUCGCCUAUCAUUAUGAACAUAAUUGUCAUAAUCCAAACGAAGAGCAAGAGAAUCAAGAACCACCUUCAUCAACAAGAUUUAGAACAAUAAUAGCUGAUGAAGAUGACAAUCAAAAGUUUGAAACAACGUUUCACGAUGAUAUGUAUAAUGAUGAUCAAAAUAGAUUUCAACGUUCACAUUCAUCAAUGCAUCAUCGAGGAGAUCAUAAUCCAAUACGCGAUACAGUUUUUCGAACAGAUUCAAGUGGAAAAAUUCUUGGUAUAACAUCGUUGAGUAAUAAACGUGAACAAAGAAAUAAUGGCGGAAGAAAUGGUAAUACAGAUAAUGAUGAAAAUAUAGUCUCUUGUGAAUAUUGUAACCAGCUUUGUGCACUUACCGACUUUGAUCAUCAUAAAAAAUAUUGUUUGCGAAAUCCGUCAGCAAAGGCUAACAAUCGAACACGAACACAUGAAGCGCAAACAGCAAGAACAGUUGAAAACGAUAUUGAACUUCCAUGUGAAUAUUGUAAUAAAUUAGUUAAUAUUGAAGAUUUUCAAGAACAUAUGACACAGUGUACCAAUUUGGAUCGAAACCGUAUUCAAAAUCAUCGACGGAAAAUCGAAAGCGAUUCUGUCAUUGGGAAAAUACCAUGUGAACAUUGUAAUACACUCUGUGAUUUUGAUGAAUUAAAUAUACAUGAAAUGGACUGUGUAAAAAGUCCGAGAAAUAUCGCAUAUGCGGCACAAAAAGAAAAACGUUCAACAAUACGAGAUUUGAAUACAAGCAAUAUGCAUAAACCUACAGCUACGGCAAAUCGAAACAACAAUAAGUCAGAUACAAUCUUAGAUCCAUCCAGUCUCUAUACGAGACCACGAAAAAAUACCAAAGGUCAAAUCCAAAGUACUCCGGAUCGAACUGAUACUAAUAAGAAACGGAGUCAAUCUGCUGAAGAAAAUCGUGCUCAAUAUACGAGCAUCGAUAUUGAUCGUACAAAAGAAGCAAAUAGUAACAUACCAAUAACGACGACAACACGAAGAGUUGAUAGCUACGGUUUCGGUUUAGAUCGUUCAGGUCCUCGGUCAAGAGAGAAUUUAUUUAAAAAAAGCUUUGACGAUGAUAAUAAUUAUUUGCAACCGUCAGCAAGGCCAUACGACAAUAUGCCAUCUUCUCUCAUAAAUCGACAAGGUAUUUUAUUAAAUAAUCAUGCUAAUACAAAACGAUCAGCAAAAAUUCCAUCCCCAACAACUGAUUUUCUUACACCUGUACGUUCAAAGGAUGAUCGCUCAAAAUUUACUCUAUCAAGAACGUCAAAUGAUCGUAUUCCAAUACGCGCUGAUCCUGGUAAAACGUUUAGUGAUCUAAAAGAUAGUUCAUCAUUGCGGUCAUAUCAUAAACAGUUUGAAAUUUGA